CGUUUUUGACCUUUAUCAGGCUACAGCGGCCACUUCAAGGCGUAGUCAUGCUAAGAAACCCCAAAAGCAAAGACACCGAACAAAAGAAAAAAAAAAUUUUGAGGAGAUGGGAAAAGCAGAGAAAACAGAGCUGAAUCGAUCACUCACGGCCCACCUCAAUACCAUCCAGGAAACCUUGCAGGUGUUGGAUCAAACUGCUUCUUCUUCUUUGGAGAAAGUAACCUGGACUCAAGUUAUCCUGAUUGCUGAACAACUCUCCAAGCAAGCUACUAUUGCUGGAAUGCUUUGGAAUGGGGAAGCACCUGAAGCUAAACAACUUGAGGAGAACAUGACAUCGUAUUUCAAUGUGCUACAGGGCUUCCUUUUGCUCUCCCAUGGAAGCAAUGUUGGUGCUGGCCCAACUCUCUCUUCAAGCAUCCAUGAAUCGGUGAAGCAAGUUGUUGAUUGCAGUUUUAGGUUAAUGAAGGAAUCUGUCUCAUUAUAUGCAGGAUCUCACAAUGGGGACAAGAAACUUUUAAUGCCUCGGUUUGUUGGAGCAGUAUGGGAGGCAUGUGAUGCUCUUAAGAAGGUCCCUGCCACAAAUGUGAUAGCAAUUGGGCGGGCAAUGACGCAGGUAGCAGUUUCUGUGAAGGAUGUUCUUCGUGAGAUGAAAGAGCUCAAGCCUGCUUCCCCUGACCUGAGAGAUGAAGCUUCUGAUGGCAGUUCUAGCAAAGUAGAAAGCAGGCCUCAAGAUGAUGAUGGUGAUGAUUUAAGCGAGGAUGAUAUAGGCAGUGACUUGUCACCUGAAGAAAUGAAAGUUGCUCAACUAGCUCAAGGGGUUGUAUCUGAGACACUUGUGACAAUAAAGGAACUUAUACGCACCAUCACUGGUUUGCUUAAGCAAGAAACUGCAGACGACAAUAGUAAAUUUGUGGAUUCUUUGGAGAAAUUAUUGAAGCUAUGUCAAGGAGUAGGAGCACAGGUUGAUGAAAUUGGAGCCUGUCUUUACCCCCCUCUGGAGAUUGCUGCAAUAAAGGUGGCUUUGGAGAAAAUGUCAAUUGGCAUUAAUGAAGUAGAACAAGAGGUGGAAAGUUUUCAAACAUCUUCCGAGUGCUUGGGUGAGGCUUGCAAUGGGUUGAGGACUUUGUUAAAACAAAUGUUGUCCGAACUGGAUUGCUCCAGCACAACAGACUUGGCAAAUAAAUUGCAGAACGUUGCUGUGAUCAAUUAGGGAGAGAGAUUUGAAACUUUUGUUAACUGAAGCCAACUUGUCAAGAGAAAAUUUGUUCUCAAGAGUGGUUGUUUCUCUAAUAUUAAUACUUUCUCAUUCCAUGUUUAAA